GUGUCGCAUUGAUAGGAAGAGGGCCAGGAGAGGGCAGACCUGCCUCGAUCGUCGCGCUGUGCGCCCGAGACGCGCGCGCACGCCGCCAACCAGGCGCUCCCAAGAUAGGCGCAUUCGAGAUCCCUACCUUGUUCUUUGAUCCAUCUUCCCCAUUCCCCGUGGAAUCUCGGCAAGGAAUCGAAGGGAACUGGAGAGAGUUAUACAAGGAUAGAGAAAGCGAGAUAGGGGAGAAGCGGGAUUAGGACUCCUGGGAGGGACGAGGAUGGUGGGGGGCCUACUCGUCUGGCUCAUCGCCUUUUUCCUCCUCGUCGCCCUCCUUGUUGUCGUCGCCUACCAGCUCAUGUGUUUGGCAGACCUUGAGUUUGACUAUAUCAAUCCAUACGAUUCAGCCUCAAGGAUAAACUACGUGGUACUGCCAGAAUUUGUUCUGCAAGGAGUCUUAAGCCUAUUUUUCCUCCUUUCUGGGCACUGGUUCAUGUUUCUGUUUUCUACUCCGGUCCUUUAUUACAAUGUGAAACUGUACCAGAGCGGGCACCACCUCGUUGAUGUAACAGAGAUAUUUAAUUUGCUCAACAGGGAAAAGAAACGGCGCCUCUUCAAGCUCAUUUACUUCGUUUCUCUCCUCUUUCUAUCCUUGUUUUGGAUGAUAUGGAGCGUUAUGGAAGAUGAUGAUUAAAUGGCAAAUACCCAAAUCAUACUUGCAGUUGAGGAGUUUAUAAUGGGCACCAGAAAGAGCUCAGGCCUGCAUGCUGAUUUGAUAGGUGUUUUUAUCCUUCCAGGUUCCUUCUUCCAAAUUAAUGUAAGGUUACCACCCACCUGUUAAAUUUGUGUUGAUAACCAAGAAACUUUUUCCUGGUUUUGUCCUUCAAACAAUACUGAAAGGAUCCUUGCCUGUAUCUUGUAACACAAACCAUUUAAUGCAUGAACUAAUUAUUCUCUGCAUGCAA